AUGUUGGCCCAAAUUCUUAAAGAUAUGUAUAUUGAGCCAGAACUCUUACAGGAGCUUUCUGAUGAUCAAAAGCAGGUUCUUUUUGUGUCUAUGCGUAGAGAACAAGUUCGAAGGUAUAAUGAGUGGAUCCAAACUUCCCCGGGUCUAGAUAAAAAUACUCACAAGAAAGCAAAGAAUCAUAAUGCUCAACACGUUUCCUUUGCCUUAAAUUCAGAAGGAGAGAUAAUCGCGGAUGUUAUUUCUAACUACUUUGAAUCCCCUCAGUCAUCUCCAGAGGCAGUUAGGAAAGUAUCCCUUCCUGAGAUUAGAUCGGUGUCACCGCCAAGUCAACCAGUGUUGCGAAGGUCAAUUCAGGGUGAAAAUGCAGUUUCCACCAAACCGAUUUCUCAAAGUCCAUCAAAUAAUAGCCAUCAUUCUCGUCUCUCCUUCGAAAUGAGAUCCCGGAUUUCGCAAUUUGAGGAACUCGAUAAACAAGCUGCCCCUCUUAAUUGGAAGGAAGUUAAACUUAGAGCUCAACAGCAAGAAGAGAAACGUCGUAAGGUUGUAGUUGCAGCACGUAGAAGUCUUCAUCUUGAUGUCCACGUUGGUGGAGGCGAAUCUGCGCCUUCAGCAAGGCACAAAAAUCUCCCCAAGUCGUCUUGUUCGAUGCAAGACCCUGCAAACUUAAAUCCUGCCUCUCGUAAACCCUCCAUGACAGAUAUUGUCCAAGCAACCAUGGAUGCAUCUUCAUCAAAGUCAAACCACGCGUUCAAAUUCCAACGAAAGGGUGUCAAGUCAGCGUCCACGCUUCUAGAAGCUUCGCUAUUUGCCAGGAUUCCGACGAAAGAGGAUUCAGGUAGUGGUUUGGUGCAGGAAUUCCCUCAAUUGGAUUAUCGAUAUGGAACUCUAAAUCGACUUCAAUCCACUUUUGGGGCUGAUGCAAUUAUUGAUUGGUUUCGGGAAUUUGAAGCUCCUUAUCUGUUGGAACAUGCAUUCCAGGAGACUGGUGGAGCGCUGAAGAUCCCUCAAUGGUUUCACGGACCUCUAAAGCGAAGACAAGCGGAAAUGCUUCUAGCAGGUCGUGAAGGUAACAGUUUUCUCCUUCGAAUUAGCGACAGUUUCCUCGGCUACGUUAUCUCCCACCUCUCCACGAAGGGUAAUUUCUCCCACGUUUUCCUUCACAUUGUUAAACCCAUCAACAACGCCUCGGAUGAUGACUGCAACAAUGACCAAUCUCAAGAUGAACCGAGGUUUUAUCAUCUCCAAGGCCAGCAUAAUCUUUUUCCUUCAUUGGUGCUUUUGAUUGAUUACUAUAAGUACCACUCAAUCUUAGAUGAGGAGAAUCUAUUUUUGAGUCAUCCUGUUGGGCAAAAUUUGGUCAUCGGUGACUCCGGCAAACGCAGUUCCCCAGAUUACGCGGCGUUUCUCUUUCACCAAAGCGACAAGAACGCCUCCACGACAUUUUGA